AUGGAGUGGUCGCUUUCAACGUCACUGGGUACAGAGUUGCUGUCAACGGCACGGGCUAUGGACCGGUCGGUCAUCGGAGGAACAUGUCGAGAACUCGAUGCCACCUUGACGACUUCGGUCGGUUCCUCCAUGGGCGUUAUGCUUAGGCUAUCAUCUGAUCUGGUUCGCAUAAACUUGGAUUUCCGACUUUCAGAAUACAGACGACCGGCUUCCGCGUACUCGAUCGCUUUGCUGUGUCUGGGCAAUUUUAGAAAACUGGGCAGCCAUCGCAUUACAGACCAUCACCGAAUCAGCGACGUGAUUUUCUUCUGUCUUGUAAUGCUCGUUAUAGAUUUUCUUGACAAUACGGUAGAGGUGUUGUACGAUCGAGUCGUCACACCUCUCGAUACCGAUGAUGCUUGA